AUGGCUGGAGCUCGUCGUCUUCAAUUGGCCGGAUUGGCCCUGCUUGGUGGCGCGUCCGCUCUGCAGCUGCAGAUGCAGGUCGCGGAUCAACAAGCGCCGCUGAUUGCCGACGCGGCGUCUGUUCUCUCAACGCCGCCUCCGUCGACCGCGGCGGCCUCGGCCUCCAAGAAGCCCUUGGUCGAGACCGAGGCUCUGCAGGACACCAUCAGCGCCGAUAACCUGCUUGUGCGUGCGAAGGAGCUGUACGAGAUCGCCAAGCUCGGAGAGGAGGAGUUCAACCAUCCCACUCGCGUCAUUGGCAGCGAUGGCCACACCGGAACGCUGGAGUACAUCUACUUCAACCUCGCCAAGCUGGGCGAUUACUACAAGAUCUGGAACCAGACGUUCCCCGCCGUCUCGGGCAACGUUUACGAGUCUCGCCUCGUCAUUGGCGACCAAGUGCCCAAGUCGGCCUCGCCCAUGGCCCUGACGCCGCCGACCAAGGACAAGGAGCCUGUGCACGGCGAUCUUGUCUACGUCGAGAACGACGGCUGCGAUGCCUCGGACUACCCCUCGAGAGUGAGCGGCAACAUUGCCUUCAUCCGCCGUGGCACUUGCCCAUUCGGCACCAAGAGCGAGCAGGCCGGCAAGGCCGGUGCUGUGGCGGCCGUCGUCUACAACUACGAGAGCGAGACGGUCCACGGCACGCUGGGAACCCCCUCCCCCAACCACGUGGCGACCUUUGGCCUCGGCGGCGACGACGCCAAGCCCAUUCUCGAGAAGCUCCGCAAGGGCGACACGGUCGACGCCAUCGCCUACAUCGACGCCGUCGUCAGCACGAUCCUGACGACCAACAUCCUCGCCCAGACGCUCGAGGGCGACCAGGACAACUGCGUCAUGCUCGGCGGCCACAGCGACAGCGUCACCGACGGCCCCGGUAUCAACGACGACGGCUCGGGCAGCCUGAGUCUCCUGGAGAUUGCCACUCAGCUGACCAAGUUCCGCGUCAACAACUGCGUUCGCUUCGCUUGGUGGGCGGGCGAGGAGGAGGGCCUCCUGGGCUCCGACUACUACGUGUCGGUGCUGUCCCCCGAGGAGAACCAGAAGAUCCGCCUCUUCAUGGACUACGACAUGCUCGGCAGCCCCAACUAUGCGUACCAGAUCUACAACGCGACCAACGCCGUCAACCCCACUGGCUCGGAGGAGCUGCGCGACCUGUACGUUGACUGGUACAAGGCCCACGACCUUGCCUACACCUUUAUUCCCUUUGACGGCCGCAGCGACUACGACGCUUUCAUCCGCAACGGCAUUCCCGGCGGUGGAAUCGCUACCGGCGCCGAGGGCGUCAAGACCAAGGAGGAGGCCAAGCUGUUCGGCGGCAAGGCGGGUGACUGGUACGACCCAUGCUACCACCAGCUCUGCGACGAUGUCAGCAACGUCAACCUGACUGCUUGGGAGAUCAACACAAAGCUGGUUUCCCACUCGGUCGCCACGUAUGCCGUGUCGUUCAAGGGCUUUCCCGAGCGGACCAAGGCGUCUGCUGCUUCUACAUAUGCCGAGGACACCAAGUACCAUGGCAGCAAGCUCUUCAUCUAG